CCCGCCUAGCUUAAGUUUUGCCACAACUCCUCAGGGGGCCCAACUCCAUCCUGGCCGCCCCUUCCUUAAAGAACCUUUCCCUACGGGUCCCCAUCAGGGCCAAUUGACGUUCUUCGAGGAGGCAAAGAGCUCCCGGGACUUGCAGCUCCCGAAGCCCGGCGCAGCCAGGCCGGCGCCUGCGCGGGGCGUUACCAUAGAGAAGCAGGCGCCUCUCUGGUCUUAGGUUUACACUCUCUAUGGUCCAGCCGGGUCGUGGCGGUAAGGGGAAAAAAGGGAGACCGCACUGCGCAGGCGCGCUGGGCUUCUAAAAUUUUUUUUUUUUUUUUUUUUUUUUUAAUCUCCGCACCAAGCGCUUAACCUCAUUGGGGUGGAGGAGAAGGCGGCGGCCGUCUGGUCCGCAGCGGCAACAGGAGCGAAUAAUACGGCUAAUGGACUGCUGAAUUAUGAAGUAUUCCAGACCCAGGAGGAGAGCGUCACUCUGCCACUCACUCCCUUCUCCCCUACUAGUUAUUUAAAUUGGACUUUUAAUAUCCUACCAGCUGCUCUUCAGACACACAUGGUGCAUUGUUGCCAUUCCCCGGAUUGCAUCUUUGAAACACAGGCUCUUAGUAACCUUCGGCAAACAAAGAGGCCACCUCCUGGGGCCGCUUGCUGGGAGGGUGUCACCCCGACUGCCCUCUAGCUUCGGCUGGCUCGGGGUUGGAAUUCCACCAUGGAGCCUCGCAUGGAGGCCUGCCUGGCACAGGUGCUGCAGAAGGAUGUGGGGAAGCGACUGCAGGUUGGCCAAGAAUUGAUAGACUAUUUUUCAGACAAGCAGAAGUCUGCCGACCUUGAGCAUGACCAGACCAUGUUAGACAAACUUGUGGAUGGACUCGCUACCUCUUGGGUGAACUCUAGCAAUUACAAGGUGGUUCUCCUGGGCAUGGACAUCCUGUCCGCGCUGGUCACCCGGCUGCAGGAUCGGUUCAAGGCGCAGAUCGGUACAGUGCUGCCGAGUUUAAUAGACAGACUGGGCGAUGCUAAAGACUCUGUGAGGGAACAAGACCAGGCCCUGCUGCUGAAGAUCAUGGAUCAGGCUGCUAACCCCCAGUACGUGUGGGACCGGAUGCUGGGAGGCUUCAAGCACAAGAACUUCCGCACCCGGGAAGGCACGUGUCUUUGCCUGGUCGCCACACUCAACGUCUCUGGAGCCCAUGCGUUAACACUAAGCAAGAUCGUGCCACAUAUAUGUAACCUUCUCGGAGACCCAAACAGCCAGGUUCGAGAUGCAGCAAUAAACAGCUUAGUGGAAAUUUACAGACAUGUAGGAGAACGUGUGAGGGCAGAUCUCAGUAAGAAAGGAUUGCCACAGUCCCGGUUGAAUGUAAUUUUUACAAAAUUUGAUGAAGUCCAAAAGUCUGGAAACAUGAUACAGUCUGCAAAUGAUAAAAAUUUUGAUGAUGAAGAUUCUGUGGAUGGUAACAGGCCUUCUUCCGCCAGCUCCACGUCGUCCAAAGCUCCAGCAAGCUCACGCAGAAACGUCGGGGUGGGGGCCACCCGCAGGCUUGGCUCGGCCACUCUUGGAUCCAAGUCUUCAGCUGCAAAAGAGGGAGCUGGUGCUGUCGAUGAAGAGGACUUUAUUAAAGCGUUUGAUGAUGUGCCUGUAGUCCAGAUUUAUUCCAGCCGAGACCUUGAGGAGUCCAUAAACAAGAUUAGGGAAAUACUGUCUGACGACAAGCAUGAUUGGGAGCAGAGAGUAAAUGCUCUAAAAAAGAUUAGGUCUUUACUUUUGGCUGGUGCCGCUGAGUAUGAUAACUUCUUCCAGCACCUGCGUCUUUUGGACGGAGCCUUUAAACUCUCCGCUAAGGACCUGCGCUCUCAGGUAGUGCGGGAGGCUUGUAUCACCUUGGGGCAUCUGUCAUCAGUGCUGGGGAAUAAGUUUGACCAUGGAGCUGAAGCCAUUAUGCCAACUAUCUUUAAUUUAAUUCCAAACAGUGCCAAAAUCAUGGCCACCUCUGGUGUUGUAGCUGUUAGGUUAAUCAUUCGGCACACGCACAUCCCUCGGCUGAUACCUGUCAUAACGAGCAACUGUACCUCCAAGUCUGUCGCAGUUAGAAGGCGCUGUUUUGAAUUUUUAGAUUUGCUUUUACAAGAGUGGCAGACGCAUUCGUUGGAACGACACAUAUCAGUAUUAGCCGAGACAAUAAAGAAGGGGAUACAUGACGCCGACUCAGAGGCCCGCAUAGAAGCCAGGAAGUGUUACUGGGGCUUCCACAGUCACUUCAGCAGGGAAGCAGAGCACCUGUACCACACCCUGGAGUCCUCCUACCAGAAGGCCCUGCAGACCCACCUGAAGAGCUCGGACAGCGUGGUGUCACUGCCGCAGUCGGACCGCUCGUCCUCCAGCUCGCAGGAGAGUCUCAAUCGGCCACUCUCUGCCAAGAGAAGUCCUACUGGCAGUACCACCUCCAGAGCGUCCACAGUCAGCACCAAGUCCGUGUCCACCACGGGGUCCCUGCAGCGCUCCCGGAGCGACAUUGACGUGAACGCAGCCGCCAGCGCCAAAUCCAAGGUCUCCUCGACUCCUGGUGCAGCGCCCUUCAGCUCCGCGGCAGCCUUGCCUCCGGGCUCGUACGCGUCCUUAGGUCGGAUCCGCACGCGGCGGCAGAGCUCUGGGAGCGCCACCAACGUUGCCUCCACGCCUUCUGACAGUCGGGGCCGCAGUCGCGCCAAAGUGGUCUCACAGUCCCAGCCUGGCAGCCGAUCAAGUUCCCCAGGGAAAUUGUUGGGAAGUGGUUAUAGUGGCCUUGCUGGGGGUUCCUCAAGAGGCCCACCCGCGACACCCUCUUCAGAAAAACGAAGCAAGAUACCCAGGAGUCAGGGAUGUAGCCGAGAAACAAGUCCAAACCGCAUAGGAUUAGCACGGAGCAGCCGUAUCCCUCGACCCAGCAUGAGUCAGGGGUGCAGCCGCGAUGCCAGCCGUGAGAGCAGCCGCGAUGCCAGCCCCGCUCGGGGCUUCCCUCCGCUCGACCGGUUUGGGCUCGGCCAGGCAGGAAGAAUACCUGGUUCUGUGAAUGCCAUGCGGGUUCUGAGCACUAGUACAGAUCUGGAAGCUGCUGUUGCUGAUGCUUUGCUGUUAGGAGACUCCAGGAGCAAGAAGAAGCCCGUGAGGAGGAGAUACGAGCCGUACGGGAUGUACUCUGACGACGACGCCAACAGCGACGCGUCGAGCGUGUGCUCCGAGCGCUCGUACGGCUCCCGGAACGGGGGCAUCCCCCACUACCUGCGCCAGACCGAGGACGUGGCCGAGGUGCUCAACCACUGCGCCAGCUCCAACUGGUCCGAGAGGAAGGAGGGGCUUCUGGGUCUGCAGAACCUACUGAAGAGCCAAAGAACCCUGAGUCGGGUAGAAUUGAAAAGAUUGUGUGAGAUUUUCACCCGAAUGUUUGCUGACCCUCACAGCAAGGUUUUCAGUAUGUUUUUGGAGACUCUUGUGGAUUUUAUAAUAAUUCAUAAGGAUGACUUGCAAGACUGGCUUUUUGUUCUUCUCACACAAUUACUUAAGAAAAUGGGAGCAGAUUUACUUGGAUCCGUGCAAGCAAAAGUCCAGAAGGCUCUCGAUGUCACAAGGGACUCCUUUCCAUUUGAUCAACAGUUUAACAUUUUGAUGAGAUUUAUUGUGGAUCAAACCCAAACUCCUAAUCUCAAGGUCAAAGUUGCAAUCCUGAAGUACAUUGAGUCUCUUGCUAGGCAGAUGGACCCAACAGAUUUCGUAAACUCUAGUGAGACACGGCUUGCUGUUUCUAGAAUUAUAACCUGGACAACAGAACCAAAGAGUUCAGACGUGAGAAAGGCGGCGCAAGUGGUGCUCAUCUCUCUGUUUGAACUGAACACUCCUGAAUUUACCAUGCUACUUGGUGCCUUGCCAAAAACAUUCCAGGACGGUGCCACCAAACUCCUGCACAACCACCUCAAGAAUUCCAGUAACACCAGUGUGGGCUCUCCAAGCAACACCAUUGGCCGGACUCCCUCCCGACACCCUAGCAGCCGGACCAGCCCCCUGACCUCACCCACCAACUGCUCCCAUGGGGGCCUGUCUCCAAGCAUGCUGGACUAUGACACCGAGAACCUGAACUCUGAGGACAUCUAUAGUUCUUUGCGUGGAGUGACAGAAGCCAUCGAAAAGUUUAGUUUUCGAAGCCAGGAGGAUCUGAAUGAGCCCAUUAAGAGAGACAGCAGGAAGGACUGUGAUGUGUCCCGCGACGGUGGCAUCGCCUCCCCGGCCACUGAGGGCCGGGGUGGCAGCGACGCAGUGGAAGGAGGCCGCACGGCUCUGGACAACAAGACCUCCCUCCUCAACACCCAGCCCCCUCGCGCCUUCCCAGGGCCACGGGCACGGGACUACAGUCCCUACCCCUACUCGGACACCAUCAGCGCCUACGACAAGACAGCCCUGAAGGAGGCCGUGUUCGAUGACGACAUGGAGCAGCUGCGAGAUGUGCCCAUCGACCAUUCGGACCUGGUGGCGGACCUCCUGAAAGAGCUGUCCAACCACAACGAGCGGGUGGAGGAGCGCAAGGGCGCCCUGCUGGAGCUGCUGAAGAUCACGCGCGAGGACAGCCUGGGGGUCUGGGAGGAGCACUUCAAGACCAUCCUGCUGCUGCUGCUGGAGACGCUCGGGGACAAGGACCAUUCCAUCCGAGCACUGGCACUGAGGGUUCUGCGGGAGAUUCUGAGAAACCAGCCAGCGAGGUUUAAAAACUAUGCAGAGCUGACCAUCAUGAAGACGCUGGAAGCCCACAAAGACUCCCACAAGGAGGUGGUGAGGGCUGCCGAGGAGGCCGCGUCCACGCUGGCCAGCUCCAUCCACCCGGAGCAGUGCAUCAAAGUGCUGUGUCCCAUCAUCCAGACGGCCGACUACCCCAUCAACCUGGCUGCCAUCAAGAUGCAGACCAAAGUCGUGGAGAGGAUCGCCAAGGAGUCCUUGCUGCAGCUCCUCGCGGACAUCAUCCCGGGCCUGCUGCAGGGUUACGACAACACCGAGAGCAGCGUGCGUAAGGCCAGUGUGUUUUGCUUAGUGGCGAUUUAUUCCGUAAUCGGAGAAGAGUUGAAACCUCACCUGGCACAGCUCACGGGGAGCAAGAUGAAGCUGCUCAACUUGUACAUAAAGAGGGCGCAGACCACCAACAGCAACAGCAGCUCGUCCUCCGACGUCUCCACGCACAGCUAACGCAGCUCCAGUGCCUCCGUAGCCCCAGGAGCAAUCGGUGGUGCCUCUCGGAGACCUCCCCGUCCCCCAUCAGCUGCCCAGUCAGUACCAGGAGGCCCGCAAAUAUUUAUUACAAUCAGUAUUUUGAUCCCUUCCAGCUUUUGUGUAGAAUCAUACUGGUAUUGAAUGUAAAGGAAGCAAGGCCUGUAUUGCAUCUUCCUACAAAACAAAACAAAAGAAAACAAAACAAAACAGUAAGCAAAGAAGAGCCAUACUUAAACCGUCUUGUCCAGCCUGCUGAGAUCGUAAAACCGUGUGUGUGGGGUGCAGUUUUUAAAAAUCAGAGCUGUCUAGCCAGUAUGUGGUAGAAAGUAGUGUUUCCUCUUCAGUUGAUAACAGAUUGGAGGAGGCUGGGUUAAACUGUGUUUCUCUUUCACCUGGGCUUCCUUCCCUCUGGAUGUGGCCUGUGUGGGCAAAGCCCCGUGCCCUCCACAGCUGACACCGUGGAAGGAUUUGUAUGUUGUGAGUUGUACUUUGAGAACUACUAAGAAUAUGAAUCAAGCCUUGGCAAGAAAUGGGAGAAGAGCCUGAAGAUGGCCUUGUAAACGAACACGUGGUGUUUUGCUCACAAUCUCCAGACUGGAGGCGGACGCCCUCCGCUGUCUCCUUGCAGGACGGGCUCCUGGCCCCUCUGAGCAACCCCAGUGACACCGCCCCUUCCCCAGAGCUGCCACUCGAGAGACUUGUUAAAGUUGAAAUCCAAACACAGAAAUCGAGGUGAAUCGGUCGCCUUGGUUAGCGUGUGCUUGCAGUGACCCUUCGUGCAGUGUCGAAGAUGCCGGAGAAGCGGCUCACGUUACCGCUCAGAUCCCGGGAAACACUACUUAACAGUGCUUCCCCCAUGACUCUGGCCCCUGGUGGUUCAGAUUCAGGGCUGUCCCGUCUCCUCUCCCCAACCCCCUGCGCCUAAGCUGCUCGAGAUGUUCUCAGUCAGUCUGGUCAAUGGCCAUCUCAGUUUUGAAUUCUCUGUUUAAUUUGGGAUUGAGAUCAAAGAAAAAUCUAGAGAGACCAGGUUAUCAGAAUCAUUUUUUUAAAACUUCAUGGACUGGAGUACUUCCUUGAUCUUCUUCUGUUAAAAUAAUCAUGGUUUAAGGCAAAAGUAAUUGUGGUGUGUGGCAAAUCACAGAAAAACAGGAUUUGAAACACAGUUUUAGAGUCUAUUUCCUUUUCUUCACUGAGAAACCUCCCCCUUUAAAAUUUUUUCUUGAGGGUUUCGUUGCUUCCAUUUUAAAAGUAGCUCCAGAUCUGGAGUCUGGUCAACUAAGUUUUGAGUAAAAUUCUUCAAGCCAAAUGAAAAUUCUUAAUGCAGUCAUGAAGACACCUGUCAUCUCUUACCGUUGUAUGUUAGACCUUCUAAAUGGAACUGAUUUUUCCAUAUUUCCUUAUGGAAGUUCAUUCCGUUCUUUUCCCCAUGCCUGUUCUGGUGUGAAUUUGUAAUGCGGUGUCUGCUGCUCUGGUGCAGUCCCUACCCCUGCCAGGCUGUGCGGUUCUCACCCCUGAGCUCCACAGAUCGAAAGACACUGUAGCGAAACACAAUUUGUUUUCACUCAGAAUUUAUUUUAGAUACUUUAUUUGGAAAUAGGCACUGAAAAUGGAGGUCUGGGAGCAGUGAGGCCGGGGUGCCUUCACUGCGUGUGUGUGUGUGUGUGUGUGUGUGUGUGUGUGUGUGUGUGUGUGUGUGUGUAGGGGGUAUCCUGCACGUGUAGGAGGUGCCCCACCGCUGCUGUUGAGGAAACUUCAGGGGUGUGUUUUCAGUGGUCGAACGUUAUUGUCUUCUUUUUGGCUCAGAACAUAGCAGGACCAGGCCUUACUUCCAUGGAUAAAUACCAUCUGUCUGUUCAUCCGUCACUCAUGGGGUUUCUUUCUUACCUUACAAACGAGUCAGAGUGUCUGACGACUGCUCUGAAGCAGAACCUGUGUUCCGGCCGGGUUACUUCCGAGUCCUUCCUGCCGAGCGCGUGUAGAAAAGCCUUUGUCCUUCGACUCGUGGACACCCAGGUUGCUGCAGCCCCUGUCCGUAGCCGGGAACGACCUUGAACACGGCCCCGCGUCCUCCUGGCGCUCACAAAGGGCUAGCCUUGAAUGUCACUUGCCCAUCCUUGAUCUCCUGACCUAGAGGGAGCUACAGCCCCCCCAGGUCUCGGGGCCUCCGAGGAGGAGGAGAUCGCAUGCCGCCACCACCUCAGGGGGCCGCCCCGCUCUGGACCAACAGCUGCAGCUGCCCUGCCUUGCUGCCGCCUCCCCGCAGGCCUCCUAUUUGGAUGAAACAGCAGAACACAAGCGAGCAAAGCACCCGACACCCUGUCUGCCUCCCCUGUUCGCCUGACUGUCCACCGCGGGGGCCAGACCACCCACUCCUGGUUUUCCCCCCACCCCCUGGCCGAGGCCCAGGGGAGGCAGGCGGCCUUCCUAGGGACACAGCAGCCACCGGCCGCCCGCCGCGGCCCCACUAGCUUCUCAGUCUUGCAGGCAAUGCAGCUGCACCUGAUCUGUCUCCUAAAUCUUUUUCUUUCCCUGCUGCCCUUAAUUUAUCAAGCAUAAUAUUACACGUUAAAGAACAGCAAGUAAGAACUUUGUAGAAUCCCAUCAGGACUUUGCUCACGAUGAUAUUUGAAAAUGAAAGCAAUGCUCUGAAAACUAUCCGCCACCAAGAUCGUUUUGUCGGCACUGUUCACACGCAUGGUCCCCACGCCCCCAGGUUGGGUUUUUGGUUUUGGUUUUUGGUUUUUUUGGGCUUUUUCAUGUUACAUCCAUAUCUGUAUUUAUAUCUUAUUUGUUUCACUUUCAAGUGUAUCAUGGCAAAUGUACAGAUUUUCUUUUGUUAAUAAUGUGCUAGGAUUUGCUAAAAAAGAAAACAAGAAAAAAAAACCCUUUUGAGUUUGCUCUAGAAUAAAUGAGACUUAAUUCAG